UAUUAAUGGAAAACACAGUACAGGAGUAUUUAGUAAAAUUUUAAAACCAUAUGGUAUUACAGCCAAAAGAUUAAGAAAAAUUGGAGGAAAACAUGCUUCUAGAGUUCAUGGUGGUCAAAAUCCAACUUCGCAACAUCUUGAAUUCCUUAGCAGAAUUGCAAUGAGACAUAAGAUAGCCCGUUUUGAUUCUGGAAAGUAUUAUGCUGAGGGUGAUACUUCCGAUUCUGACCUUGAUUCAGAUCCAGAGCCUGAACCAGAAACUUGA